AUGGCUGAAAGAAAUAGUUCGGGUUUGAUCCAUCUAUUUCUAAUAGCAACUGCGUUUGCAUUGUUCUGUUCGAACAUUGGGAAGGCCAAAUCAAUAAACAAGAUACACAUCAAACAGAAUAAAAGAUACAAGUGUGCAUUAACAACGUGUAUAGAAAUACCGAUCGGUGGCGAGGAAACUGGGAGAAGAGGAAAUCCAGAGGAGAAUAAUAAUGACAAGUCUCUCUUCGAAGGGGAUAUUGUUAAUCCACCGGUGAGGAGAGGCGUUGGUCGAUCAAAGUAUCGUAAUGCUCUGAAUAUGAACAACUAUUUGGUUAGCGCAACGACUGAACUAUGGUAUUUUAAUGCUAAUGGAGAACCUCGAGGAAAAGUGUUCUACGAGUUUGAUUCUUCUCUAUCUUCCUAUCAGAAGAACGCCAUUCUAACUGCAAUGGAGGAGAUACAAAUUAAAUCAGGGGGAGCGACCUCCAAAUGUAUUCAAUUCAUCCCGAACGAUGGGAAUUCACGGGACCAUUUAUUGAUAAAAAGUACAUCACCAUCGUGUGUGAGCAGCGGAGUAGGUAAAAGCAAGAGGUAUAAUUCGUAUUACAUCAACCUUGGCUUCAGGUGCUUCGCAUUUGGUACUAUCAUGCACGAAUUGCUUCACGCACUUGGGUUUUUCCAUGAACAUACCAGGAACGAUCGUGACGAUUACAUUGAAAUUGUCGAAUCAAACAUCAAGAGUGGAUUCAGUUCUAAUUUCGCGAAGCAAGAGAAUCCAGAUACUCUCAUUAGCUUUACACCUUAUGAUUACAACAGUAUCAUGCACUAUGGCAAAUAUGCAUUUUCCAAGGACGCAUAUGCAGGAUUGGAGACAAUACGUGUAAAGAAAUUCACUAAUUUCCAAAUUGGCCAGCAUUAUUACCUCUCUGAAAGUGAUAUUAAAGAUUUACAGACUUUGUAUUCCUGCCCUGAUAUAGGAGUUACCCGUCGUAAGAGGGCCGCUACUUCCCUUAACUAUGUUUGUACUUUCGAAGCUGAUGAUUUAAAAUGUGGAUUUGUAAAUGAGCAUCCGUCUAUCUGGAAGUCGACACCCGUGUCGAGUAUAGGUUCAGAAUAUUAUGAUGCCACCUUCAACUUCCCUUAUCAAAAUAUAGGUAAUGUGCUGUACAUGGCGCCUGGGAGUGCCACCACCGAGGCCUUGUUCACCGCUAAUGUUCCACCUGCCGCAUAUUGCCUUCAAAUCUACUAUUUUUGCCACGGGACAAACAGCAAGGCACAAGUCUACGCUGGCUUGAAUGGUACAAAGAAGCUGCUUUACACAUUACCAUCCUGUACAUAUUUCAAGUGGUAUUACACCUGGAUCGGCGUUGAUAUGUCAACUUCUGGAACGAUUGAGAUACAUGGUAUACGUGCAAACGUUGGACAUUUUCUGUUAGACGAGAUUAAGCUUAUGGAAAAACCAGCUAACCGGAAAGACUGUAACCAAUAAGUGUGCUUACAACAAUUACAAGCACUAUUGUUACCUAGGAACCAUAAAUAGUGGAAUUGACCAUGUGUAUAUGUAUAUUUAUCUCAUUUUCAAAAUCAUAAUUGGCUUGCACUUUUGAGUUUAGUUUAUUACACUAUAAUGUUACGUUCG